GUAUUCUAGAGCGUCUGACAGCCAUUUAUGAUGAACAACCUCGUUAUUAUGAAUUGGAUAUUUAUUUAAUUGAUCCUGGACGGUAUCAUGGUCAAGGUGUUCAUUCGUCAGAACAAAGUGACAAUUUUUAG